AGAUGACGACACGCGGGGAGGCGGGGCCCGGAAGGCCUGCCGGGGUAAUCGGGGAUCCCCUGCUAUGGCCGGCGUCUUCGACAUCGACCUGGAAACGGAGGAGGGGAGCGACGGGGAGGAGCCUGAACUGGGGGCCUUGGAGGUGGACCUAGAUCUUCGCCACACAGGCUCUGAACUGGUGCCAGGUCAUUAUGAGGAAAUUGAAAUCUCUGAGAGUAUUGUCAACAAUGGCCCGGAGCGUAUUGGGCCCCACUGCUUCGAAUUGCUACGCGUUUUGGGCAAGGGUGGCUAUGGCAAGGUAUUCCAGGUACGGAAGGUGCAGGGCACAAAUGCUGGGAAAAUAUUUGCCAUGAAAGUCCUAAAGAAGGCCAAGAUUGCCUGUAAUGCCAAGGACACAGCCCACACAAGGGCAGAGAGAAAUAUCCUGGAGGUCAUCAAGCACCCCUUCAUUGUGGACCUCAUCUAUGCCUUCCAAACUGGUGGUAAACUCUACCUCAUCCUGGAAUGUCUCAGUGGUGGGGAGCUUUUCAUGCAGCUGGAGCGAGAAGGCAUCUUCCUGGAGGACACAGCCUGUUUCUAUCUGAGUGAGAUCACUCUGGCCCUUGGUCACCUGCACUCUAAUGGCAUCAUCUACCGGGAUCUCAAGCCUGAGAACAUCAUGUUGAACAGCCAGGGGCACAUUAAGCUGACGGACUUUGGCCUCUGUAAGGAGUCCAUCCACGACGGUGCUGUCACCCACACCUUUUGUGGCACCAUAGAAUACAUGGCCCCAGAGAUAUUGCUGCGCAGCGGCCACAACCGAGCAGUGGAUUGGUGGAGCCUCGGUGCUCUGAUGUAUGACAUGCUCACUGGAUCGCCGCCAUUUACUGCUGAAAACCGCAAAAAGACCAUGGACAAGAUCCUGAAAGGGAAGUUGGCGCUUCCACCCUACUUGACCCCCGAUGCCCGUGACCUGAUCAAGAAGUUCCUCAAAAGGCAUGCCAUCCAGAGGAUCGGGGGUGGGCCAGGCGAUGCUGCAGAUGUACAGAGACACCCGUUUUUCCGACACAUUAACUGGGAUGACUUGCUGGCUAGGAGAGUUGACCCACCCUUCCGGCCAUCACUGCAAUCCGAAGACGAUGUCAGCCAGUUUGACACCCGCUUCACCCGGCAGACCCCCGUGGAUAGUCCUGAUGAUGGCUUCCUCAGCGAGAGCGCCAACCAGGCCUUCUUGGGAUUCACCUACGUAGCCCCAUCAGUGUUGGAGAGCAUCAAGGAAGGCUUCUCCUUCCAGCCCAAGCUGCGAUCUCCCCGCCGUCUCAACAGCAGCCCUCGCACCCCCGUCAGCCCAUUGAAGUUCUCACCCUUUGAAGCCUUCAAGCCAAGCACAAGCAUGGAACAGAUGGAGCUGUCGCCGCCCUCGCUCAUGCCAGUGCCAGAAGUCUCCGCUCCGCUGCCCAUCAAAACCCCAUCGGGCACCAAGAAGAAGAAGGGCCGGGGGCGGGCCCGGUAGCUGAGGCAGUGAGAUCAUUGGACCGUCCGCCUUAGCAUGGCGGAGCUCUCUGGUUGCUCAGGUGGACGGGGGCUCAGAGGUGGAGAGAGCUGUGCCACAGCAACGUCAAGCCCUGUUUGGGGAGCACCUUUUCUCCCCUGCUGCAAGGGGCCACCUUCCCUCCCAGCUGCAAAGGGUGGUGUGGUGUCGGUGCUUUUCCAUCAUAGGGAACGAUCCCUACGUGAGGUGCUUUCUUUUGAAAUAUAUAGUG